GUCGUGGAGCAUUUUUGACUUCGUUUGCUGUCAAACUUCAGUAAAUGUUCAGUGUACCUCUUUACCAUCUUCUUCAUAAUUAUAUGAGAAUACCGAAGGUCACAUGGGUUUGGAACAACAUGAAGGAACCAGAGUCUGGGACACAUAUGGCUUUGUAUGAUGAGAAUAUCUUGAAGAACCCUUUUUACCUGCAUCUGGAAAAACUCAGACCGGACCUGCUCAACAGGGUGGCAGAACUUCAUGGCAUUAUUCUGGUACCGUGUCGUGGAAGUUUACGGGUUGGCUCCAUAACAGCAGCCCAGUUUGACGGAUACGUGAUUCAACCUGCUGAGCAGGGUUACCAGACGCUAGAUGGAAAGGAAGUGUCCAUAGAGAAUAACCAGGUCCGACUCGCUUCGGGGUCUCUGAAUCCCAUUUUGGUCUCUAUCCUGUUUGAAGAGACUUUCUACAAUGAAAAGGAGCAGGCCUACAGUGUACUAUGUAUUGCGCGGCCACUGGACUCUGACCACAGCCCUGAAGAGUUAAGCUCUGUUUCUGCUCCAUACUAUCUGAAGAAUAUCGAUGAUGUGAGGGAAUUCUUGGGCCAUCAUGCUGAAAAACUGGUCAAAUAUGUGGCCACCUUCUGUCGUUCUUUUAAAGAACAAGAGAGGAAAGGCCUCCGAUAUCAAAUAGACUCUGUAAAUACCCUCUACACAAAAUGUCUUCAAUGCCUGUUAAAAGACUCUCAUCUGAAGCUGUUUUCGAGAGAGGAGAUACAGAUGACUCUAGUCAAACAAGCAGUGGAGAUGUACAUCCAUCAUGGCAUCUAUGAUCUACUCUUUAGUUUUGUUGGAACUCUUGAAGCAAGUCGGGAUGCAUCAUUCAACAAAAGAACACGAUCUUUAGAGGAUCUGCGGCAGAAAGACCUUGGUGUGAAGUCAGAAUUCAGUGUAAAUAUUCCUCGAGCUAAGCGCGAGUUGAGUCAACUGAACAUCUGUACGUCUCCACAGCAGAAGCUGCUCUGCCUCAGGAAGGUUAUCUACACUGUCAUGCAGUCACCUAGAAACAGAGACACUGUGAAUAUUGAGGCUGUUUGUGCUGAUGAUCUAUUGCCAGUCAUUCUUUAUCUGUUAAUUAAAACCGAGAUUCCUAACUGGAUGGCGAAUCUGAGUUAUAUAAAGAAUUUUCACUUCUUUAACUCCAUUGAGGAUGACCUGAGUUACUGUCUUGCCUCGUUUGAGGCCGCAGUGGAGCACUUCAGACAGGCCGACUUCACCCAGAGUGCACUGGGAUCACCAGGCAUACUGUCCUUCAGACAGAAGAUGGACCUGCUGUCCCAGAAUGCUGCUACAACUAUAGACUGUUUGUUUGAGCACAUUGCGAGUGGGAACGAGGCAGAGGUGAAGCGUUUGCUGAGUGAAAGUGAGAGUGAGGAGGACGGGAGGAAGAUGUGUCACCCACUCUGCUCCUGUGACACCUGUGACCUCCACAUCUCAGGAAGGUUAAACGACCCUUCUAUUGUCACUCCAUUCUCUCGGGAUGACAGAGGCUACACUCCUCUACAUGUUGCUGCUAUUUGUGGUCAGUCUCAGCUGAUUGAUCUGCUGGUGUCAAAGGGAGCUGUGGUGAACGCCACUGAUUAUUAUGCACUCACACCGCUACACCUCUCCUGCCAGAAGGGUUACCAGGGGGUCACGCUGCUGCUGUUGCAUUAUAAGGCGAACACAGAUGCUCAGGAUAACAAUGGGAACACCCCACUACACCUGGCCUGCAUGUACGGACAUGAAGAUUGUGUGAAGGGGUUGGUGUACUUUGACCUGCAUUCGUGCCGGCUGAACGUUCAGAAUGAUAAGGGUGACACACCGCUCCACAUCGCCGCCCGCUGGGGUUAUGAGGGCAUCAUGGAGGUGCUGCUGGAGAACGGAGCAUCAACCCUCAUCCAUAACAAAGCCAAGGAGACCCCACUGCACUGUGCCCUCAACUCUAAGAUCUUGUCAUUACUGGAACACAGAUACAUUGACUCCAGUAAAAGGGAAAGUGGAUUUGAGUCUCCGAGCCGUUCUCCUCAGGCAUCUGACUUUAGCAGCAGACGUUCAUCUGUGUCCAGCAUGUCAUCAGUGAGUGUGGAGACCUCAGUGCCAGAGACUGAACGCACACGACACAAAGAGGUAGAAAAGCUGUUGAGAGCAGUGGCUGAUGGAGAUGUAGAGAUGGUGCGUUAUCUUUUGGAAUGGGUGGGUGAGGAGCCAGAGGAGGAGGAAGUUGGCAUGCCAAUUAAGACGGAGUUGUGCCAUCCACUGUGCCAGUGUUCCAACUGUGAACCAACACAAAAGAAGAUAGCCCGUCUGCAGCCAGAUGGAUUGGGUGUGAACAGCAGCAGUGUUGACGGUUUCACUCCGCUCCAUGUGGCAGCGCUGCAUGGGCACACCACUCUUGUGUCUCUGCUCACCCGCCACGGUGCCAACAUCAAUGCCCGCAACAAUCAGAGUGCCACUCCACUGCACCUGGCCUGCCAGAACAGCCACAUACAGGUGGUGUCUGCUCUGUUGGAGUGUAACGCCAAACCGAAUAAGAAAGAUCAUUAUGGAAACACACCAUUGAUUCAUGCAUGUUUAAAGGGACAUCUGGAGAUUGCCACCGUUCUGCUGGAGAGUGGUGUGUUAGUGAAUCUGGCUAAUAAUCAUGGAAACACGGGUCUGCAUGAGGCCGUGAGGGGAGGACAUGUUCAGCUGGUGGAGCUGCUUCUCCACAGGAGGGCGCUGGUGCACAUACGCAACAAGAGACAGAGGACCGCCCUCGACUGUGCUUACGAGACCGGCGGCAAGGACACUGACAUUCAGAGACUCUUACAGAAAGCCUGUGCUUUGGGGUCAGAUCUGAUUAAAGCAGAGGGGAUUCUCGCACACUCAGUAGUGCACAGAGUCAAACAGCAUGAUAGUCCUGACUGUGGGAGACAAGAGACAGACCACACCAAGCAAAGGACUCAAAAGAGAUUGAACAGGGCUGUGACCAUAACGAGCCUAUCAGAGCAGACUGCAGACAGUCAGAGUAACAGACUGAGAAUGAAGAGAGGAGAAACGGUGGACAGCAGCGGUCCGUUCUGCCAUCCACAGACACAACAGUCACCAAACACCAAAACCAAAGGUCUGACCCGCUGUCACACUAUCAGCCAAGACCUGACACAACACUCUCUCCAGACCCCACAACACAUCUUCUCUGAGCACGAGACACAGGAGGAGAUUAUCAAUGGACCUCAGGACACCACAGACUCAUGUGACCACUCUCCCGAAACCUCACCUGACCCAAAGCAGCUCAACGGGGACUCAGUAGUGGGGAGAGAUGAGGAGGAGGAGGAGGAGAGGGAGGGCCAGUCCAGAGGGAGCGAUGUGGAUUCAGCCACCACAGAGAUGGACAAUGUUGUGUUGUGAUGCUCCUCUGAAAGGUUCUGUUAAUCUGAUGUAAAAUCUGUGUUAACAGUGGCGCUCCGGUCAUCUUUAAAUGACUCAUGCAGCCGGUUCAAUAGACUAAAUCUAAAUCGAUCAUUACUAAAUCAGUUCCACCAUUGCCUCCUGGUCUUAAUUGUGUUGUAGUGUUCAAACCUGAUGUAUACUUCAUUGACCUAAAUAUGCACAAACCCAUAAGUGGCAUUGUGUUAUCCAAUGUUAAAACAUGUAUGUUCUCAUGCCUGUGGUUUAUGAGAGAUUUUUAGAGAACAUUCCUUUAAGGGUCAAUAUGUACAUUUCGAAAAUUGCUCUACAGCAAAAAGAGGAAGUGCCAAACGUCAUUUUUUUUUUCUUUUUUUUUGGAAAUGUAAAGAUUUGAUCUUUAAUAUUGAAGCAUGUGGAAAAGAUUUUUGCAUGUGGCUACAGUGGUAACAUGAUCUAAAAAAAUAGCAAUGAUAAGUAGUCUCUUAAAGACGACAUAAUGAGCUCUGAGAACAAUAUUUGGGAUGUGUUUAGUGAAUUUAGAAACGUUCUGAAUGUAUAGCAUAUAAAGGGAGACAUAUGGUGUAAACUGGGCAGAAACCAUGUGGACUGUUUCUUAAAAAGGUAGUUCUCCCUAAACUGACAAUUCUGUCAUCAUGAACAACAUGAUGGUUAGUAAAUUAUGACAAUUUUAAUUGUUAGGUGAACUAUUCCUUUUAGAAGCACAUAAACAAAUUCAUAACUAGCACUUUUAAUUUUCUUUCAGUAUAUCACAUUAGAAAAAGGAACAUUUUAAGAUAUUAUUUUUCCUAGCAUUUUCCCCUAGACUGUGAAACCUUUGUUUUCUCUCAUUUUCAUAAAUUAGUUUCACAUUUAUUUAUUUCACUCUUAAUGUCUGUCAACUAAAUGUAAGUACAUGAUGUCAUGAAAUUGUGUUAUCACAACAAAGAGAUGUGCUAGCAUCUUUUUACUACUCACAGUGGAUAUUUUUUUUUCUUUUUCACAUGUUUAGGAGAUAUUGUUUUUCUUCUUUAAAUGUUAAUGUCUUUAUUUUUUUCCAUUGAAAUACAUCCUGUUUGGCUUUGUUUUAGUGUGGAUCUCA